AUGUUACUAGUACUUCUCGCAAGUUGUAUAGCUGUACAAGCCGCGGUGUGUGCGCCCGCGCUGAUCGGCGCCGGGUGUGCGACAUGCACAGGAGAGAACGACGGACAGACGUGCCUUACGUGUAAUCCCCAAGAGAACAAGGUGCAGCCUGGCGGAAAGAAAUGCGGAGUCGGCUGCCCGGCGAACUCCACCCCUAAGGAGAGCGUGUGCGAGUGCAACGGAGGAUACAGGCCGAACGCCCAGGGCCAGUGCGAGCAAGACCCCGCCGCGGUGUGUGCGCCCGCGCUGAUCGGCGCCGGGUGUGCGACAUGCACAGGAGAGAACGACGGACAGACGUGCCUUACGUGUAAUCCCCAAGAGAACAAGGUGCAGCCUGGCGGAAAGAAAUGCGGAGUCGGCUGCCCGGCGAACUCCACCCCUAAGGAGAGCGUGUGCGAGUGCAACGGAGGAUACAGGCCGAACGCCCAGGGCCAGUGCGAGCAAGACCCCGCCGCGGUGUGUGCGCCCGCGCUGAUCGGCGCCGGGUGUGCGACAUGCACAGGAGAGAACGACGGACAGACGUGCCUUACGUGUAAUCCCCAAGAGAACAAGGUGCAGCCUGGCGGAAAGAAAUGCGGAGUCGGCUGCCCGGCGAACUCCACCCCUAAGGAGAGCGUGUGCGAGUGCAACGGAGGAUACAGGCCGAACGCCCAGGGCCAGUGCGAGCAAGACCCCGCCGCGGUGUGUGCGCCCGCGCUGAUCGGCGCCGGGUGUGCGACAUGCACAGGAGAGAACGACGGACAGACGUGCCUUACGUGUAAUCCCCAAGAGAACAAGGUGCAGCCUGGCGGAAAGAAAUGCGGAGUCGGCUGCCCGGCGAACUCCACCCCUAAGGAGAGCGUGUGCGAGUGCAACGGAGGAUACAGGCCGAACGCCCAGGGCCAGUGCGAGCAAGACCCCGCCGCGGUGUGUGCGCCCGCGCUGAUCGGCGCCGGGUGUGCGACAUGCACAGGAGAGAACGACGGACAGACGUGCCUUACGUGUAAUCCCCAAGAGAACAAGGUGCAGCCUGGCGGAAAGAAAUGCGGAGUCGGCUGCCCGGCGAACUCCACCCCUAAGGAGAGCGUGUGCGAGUGCAACGGAGGAUACAGGCCGAACGCCCAGGGCCAGUGCGAGCAAGACCCCGCCGCGGUGUGUGCGCCCGCGCUGAUCGGCGCCGGGUGUGCGACAUGCACAGGAGAGAACGACGGACAGACGUGCCUUACGUGUAAUCCCCAAGAGAACAAGGUGCAGCCUGGCGGAAAGAAAUGCGGAGUCGGCUGCCCGGCGAACUCCACCCCUAAGGAGAGCGUGUGCGAGUGCAACGGAGGAUACAGGCCGAACGCCCAGGGCCAGUGCGAGCAAGACCCCGCCGCGGUGUGUGCGCCCGCGCUGAUCGGCGCCGGGUGUGCGACAUGCACAGGAGAGAACGACGGACAGACGUGCCUUACGUGUAAUCCCCAAGAGAACAAGGUGCAGCCUGGCGGAAAGAAAUGCGGAGUCGGCUGCCCGGCGAACUCCACCCCUAAGGAGAGCGUGUGCGAGUGCAACGGAGGAUACAGGCCGAACGCCCAGGGCCAGUGCGAGCAAGACCCCGCCGCGGUGUGUGCGCCCGCGCUGAUCGGCGCCGGGUGUGCGACAUGCACAGGAGAGAACGACGGACAGACGUGCCUUACGUGUAAUCCCCAAGAGAACAAGGUGCAGCCUGGCGGAAAGAAAUGCGGAGUCGGCUGCCCGGCGAACUCCACCCCUAAGGAGAGCGUGUGCGAGUGCAACGGAGGAUACAGGCCGAACGCCCAGGGCCAGUGCGAGCAAGACCCCGCCGCGGUGUGUGCGCCCGCGCUGAUCGGCGCCGGGUGUGCGACAUGCACAGGAGAGAACGACGGACAGACGUGCCUUACGUGUAAUCCCCAAGAGAACAAGGUGCAGCCUGGCGGAAAGAAAUGCGGAGUCGGCUGCCCGGCGAACUCCACCCCUAAGGAGAGCGUGUGCGAGUGCAACGGAGGAUACAGGCCGAACGCCCAGGGCCAGUGCGAGCAAGACCCCGCCGCGGUGUGUGCGCCCGCGCUGAUCGGCGCCGGGUGUGCGACAUGCACAGGAGAGAACGACGGACAGACGUGCCUUACGUGUAAUCCCCAAGAGAACAAGGUGCAGCCUGGCGGAAAGAAAUGCGGAGUCGGCUGCCCGGCGAACUCCACCCCUAAGGAGAGCGUGUGCGAGUGCAACGGAGGAUACAGGCCGAACGCCCAGGGCCAGUGCGAGCAAGACCCCGCCGCGGUGUGUGCGCCCGCGCUGAUCGGCGCCGGGUGUGCGACAUGCACAGGAGAGAACGACGGACAGACGUGCCUUACGUGUAAUCCCCAAGAGAACAAGGUGCAGCCUGGCGGAAAGAAAUGCGGAGUCGGCUGCCCGGCGAACUCCACCCCUAAGGAGAGCGUGUGCGAGUGCAACGGAGGAUACAGGCCGAACGCCCAGGGCCAGUGCGAGCAAGACCCCGCCGCGGUGUGUGCGCCCGCGCUGAUCGGCGCCGGGUGUGCGACAUGCACAGGAGAGAACGACGGACAGACGUGCCUUACGUGUAAUCCCCAAGAGAACAAGGUGCAGCCUGGCGGAAAGAAAUGCGGAGUCGGCUGCCCGGCGAACUCCACCCCUAAGGAGAGCGUGUGCGAGUGCAACGGAGGAUACAGGCCGAACGCCCAGGGCCAGUGCGAGCAAGACCCCGCCGCGGUGUGUGCGCCCGCGCUGAUCGGCGCCGGGUGUGCGACAUGCACAGGAGAGAACGACGGACAGACGUGCCUUACGUGUAAUCCCCAAGAGAACAAGGUGCAGCCUGGCGGAAAGAAAUGCGGAGUCGGCUGCCCGGCGAACUCCACCCCUAAGGAGAGCGUGUGCGAGUGCAACGGAGGAUACAGGCCGAACGCCCAGGGCCAGUGCGAGCAAGACCCCGCCGCGGUGUGUGCGCCCGCGCUGAUCGGCGCCGGGUGUGCGACAUGCACAGGAGAGAACGACGGACAGACGUGCCUUACGUGUAAUCCCCAAGAGAACAAGGUGCAGCCUGGCGGAAAGAAAUGCGGAGUCGGCUGCCCGGCGAACUCCACCCCUAAGGAGAGCGUGUGCGAGUGCAACGGAGGAUACAGGCCGAACGCCCAGGGCCAGUGCGAGCAAGACCCCGCCGCGGUGUGUGCGCCCGCGCUGAUCGGCGCCGGGUGUGCGACAUGCACAGGAGAGAACGACGGACAGACGUGCCUUACGUGUAAUCCCCAAGAGAACAAGGUGCAGCCUGGCGGAAAGAAAUGCGGAGUCGGCUGCCCGGCGAACUCCACCCCUAAGGAGAGCGUGUGCGAGUGCAACGGAGGAUACAGGCCGAACGCCCAGGGCCAGUGCGAGCAAGACCCCGCCGCGGUGUGUGCGCCCGCGCUGAUCGGCGCCGGGUGUGCGACAUGCACAGGAGAGAACGACGGACAGACGUGCCUUACGUGUAAUCCCCAAGAGAACAAGGUGCAGCCUGGCGGAAAGAAAUGCGGAGUCGGCUGCCCGGCGAACUCCACCCCUAAGGAGAGCGUGUGCGAGUGCAACGGAGGAUACAGGCCGAACGCCCAGGGCCAGUGCGAGCAAGACCCCGCCGCGGUGUGUGCGCCCGCGCUGAUCGGCGCCGGGUGUGCGACAUGCACAGGAGAGAACGACGGACAGACGUGCCUUACGUGUAAUCCCCAAGAGAACAAGGUGCAGCCUGGCGGAAAGAAAUGCGGAGUCGGCUGCCCGGCGAACUCCACCCCUAAGGAGAGCGUGUGCGAGUGCAACGGAGGAUACAGGCCGAACGCCCAGGGCCAGUGCGAGCAAGACCCCGCCGCGGUGUGUGCGCCCGCGCUGAUCGGCGCCGGGUGUGCGACAUGCACAGGAGAGAACGACGGACAGACGUGCCUUACGUGUAAUCCCCAAGAGAACAAGGUGCAGCCUGGCGGAAAGAAAUGCGGAGUCGGCUGCCCGGCGAACUCCACCCCUAAGGAGAGCGUGUGCGAGUGCAACGGAGGAUACAGGCCGAACGCCCAGGGCCAGUGCGAGCAAGACCCCGCCGCGGUGUGUGCGCCCGCGCUGAUCGGCGCCGGGUGUGCGACAUGCACAGGAGAGAACGACGGACAGACGUGCCUUACGUGUAAUCCCCAAGAGAACAAGGUGCAGCCUGGCGGAAAGAAAUGCGGAGUCGGCUGCCCGGCGAACUCCACCCCUAAGGAGAGCGUGUGCGAGUGCAACGGAGGAUACAGGCCGAACGCCCAGGGCCAGUGCGAGCAAGACCCCGCCGCGGUGUGUGCGCCCGCGCUGAUCGGCGCCGGGUGUGCGACAUGCACAGGAGAGAACGACGGACAGACGUGCCUUACGUGUAAUCCCCAAGAGAACAAGGUGCAGCCUGGCGGAAAGAAAUGCGGAGUCGGCUGCCCGGCGAACUCCACCCCUAAGGAGAGCGUGUGCGAGUGCAACGGAGGAUACAGGCCGAACGCCCAGGGCCAGUGCGAGCAAGACCCCGCCGCGGUGUGUGCGCCCGCGCUGAUCGGCGCCGGGUGUGCGACAUGCACAGGAGAGAACGACGGACAGACGUGCCUUACGUGUAAUCCCCAAGAGAACAAGGUGCAGCCUGGCGGAAAGAAAUGCGGAGUCGGCUGCCCGGCGAACUCCACCCCUAAGGAGAGCGUGUGCGAGUGCAACGGAGGAUACAGGCCGAACGCCCAGGGCCAGUGCGAGCAAGACCCCGCCGCGGUGUGUGCGCCCGCGCUGAUCGGCGCCGGGUGUGCGACAUGCACAGGAGAGAACGACGGACAGACGUGCCUUACGUGUAAUCCCCAAGAGAACAAGGUGCAGCCUGGCGGAAAGAAAUGCGGAGUCGGCUGCCCGGCGAACUCCACCCCUAAGGAGAGCGUGUGCGAGUGCAACGGAGGAUACAGGCCGAACGCCCAGGGCCAGUGCGAGCAAGACCCCGCCGCGGUGUGUGCGCCCGCGCUGAUCGGCGCCGGGUGUGCGACAUGCACAGGAGAGAACGACGGACAGACGUGCCUUACGUGUAAUCCCCAAGAGAACAAGGUGCAGCCUGGCGGAAAGAAAUGCGGAGUCGGCUGCCCGGCGAACUCCACCCCUAAGGAGAGCGUGUGCGAGUGCAACGGAGGAUACAGGCCGAACGCCCAGGGCCAGUGCGAGCAAGACCCCGCCGCGGUGUGUGCGCCCGCGCUGAUCGGCGCCGGGUGUGCGACAUGCACAGGAGAGAACGACGGACAGACGUGCCUUACGUGUAAUCCCCAAGAGAACAAGGUGCAGCCUGGCGGAAAGAAAUGCGGAGUCGGCUGCCCGGCGAACUCCACCCCUAAGGAGAGCGUGUGCGAGUGCAACGGAGGAUACAGGCCGAACGCCCAGGGCCAGUGCGAGCAAGACCCCGCCGCGGUGUGUGCGCCCGCGCUGAUCGGCGCCGGGUGUGCGACAUGCACAGGAGAGAACGACGGACAGACGUGCCUUACGUGUAAUCCCCAAGAGAACAAGGUGCAGCCUGGCGGAAAGAAAUGCGGAGUCGGCUGCCCGGCGAACUCCACCCCUAAGGAGAGCGUGUGCGAGUGCAACGGAGGAUACAGGCCGAACGCCCAGGGCCAGUGCGAGCAAGACCCCGCCGCGGUGUGUGCGCCCGCGCUGAUCGGCGCCGGGUGUGCGACAUGCACAGGAGAGAACGACGGACAGACGUGCCUUACGUGUAAUCCCCAAGAGAACAAGGUGCAGCCUGGCGGAAAGAAAUGCGGAGUCGGCUGCCCGGCGAACUCCACCCCUAAGGAGAGCGUGUGCGAGUGCAACGGAGGAUACAGGCCGAACGCCCAGGGCCAGUGCGAGCAAGACCCCGCCGCGGUGUGUGCGCCCGCGCUGAUCGGCGCCGGGUGUGCGACAUGCACAGGAGAGAACGACGGACAGACGUGCCUUACGUGUAAUCCCCAAGAGAACAAGGUGCAGCCUGGCGGAAAGAAAUGCGGAGUCGGCUGCCCGGCGAACUCCACCCCUAAGGAGAGCGUGUGCGAGUGCAACGGAGGAUACAGGCCGAACGCCCAGGGCCAGUGCGAGCAAGACCCCGCCGCGGUGUGUGCGCCCGCGCUGAUCGGCGCCGGGUGUGCGACAUGCACAGGAGAGAACGACGGACAGACGUGCCUUACGUGUAAUCCCCAAGAGAACAAGGUGCAGCCUGGCGGAAAGAAAUGCGGAGUCGGCUGCCCGGCGAACUCCACCCCUAAGGAGAGCGUGUGCGAGUGCAACGGAGGAUACAGGCCGAACGCCCAGGGCCAGUGCGAGCCUUCUAAUACUAAUAAGAGUAGCGGUCUUUCUACCGGCGCCAUAGCAGGCAUCGCUGUGGCUGCUGUCAUCGUUGUAGGAGGGCUCGUCGGCUUCCUUUGCUGGUGGUUCAUAUGUAGGGGGAAAGCGUAG